CAUUGGCCUUUCUAGGAUGGGCUAACCCAGAACAGCCGUAGGAUGAUGGCAGUUAGCGCUGGGCCUCCUCGACGGGUCGGGCCGGGAUGCUGAAGCUGCUGGCCAAGGGUGUGGAGAAUGUGAGCUACGAGGCGCUCUGUCUGCCGGACGACCUGGAAGCUCGUGGGGUCACCUCGCUCCCCAAUUACUACUACCGGGAUGAUGGCAUGAGGAUCUGGACAGCGGUGGAGAGUACGAUUUCGCCGCCUGGAUGCCCAACACACCGUCGACCUUGAGAGCUCCCCCGCCCACCUCCAAGGGCACCGCCACCUUGCGCAGCGUCCUGGACACCCUGCCCGCGGUGAACGCCACCUGCGCCCUCCUCUCCCUCCUCGCCGUCGUGAGCUACGAGCCAGGGGACCUGAGACCCCUGGGCUACUACCCUGAGGAGCACUUCACUGAGGCAGAGCCCAAGCGGCUUAUUGCAGCCUUCCAGGCACGUCUGGCGGAGAUCUCCAAGGAAAUCCAGCAGAGGAACAAGUCGCUGCCCAUUCGUUACCCUUACCUGGACCCCGCGGAGGUUCAGAACAGCGUGUCCAUAUAACCCCGCAGGGCAUCUCCUCCCGGCGCUCAGAGCACUUUCCACCUGACCGGAGAGUGUCUCGACGGAGCCAGCGGGAGGUGUCAGAGAGAUUUGGCUGGCAGUGCUCAAAAUGUGACCCCCCGCCCAGGGGCACCAAUACCAGAAGGCAAAUAAAUAGCACCUCACAUAUGUUA